AAAUCUAAACAGCCAAUACGUUCCUGUGAGCCUGUGCUCGUUAGCUAGCUUUAGCUGUAACGCUUUGGUGAUGCCCUGAGCCCGAGGAUCAACAGGUAACCUUGUGGACUGGAGGACGUCCUCUUGGAAGGGAUGGAAGAGCCUCCUGCUGUGAUCCUCCAGCCCCAGACGACUGUCAGGUAGUGACGGUGCAAGAGGAAUGCUGAGCUGCCUUAAUAUACAAUGAAGAAGAUAUUCAGCUUCACUAAGAAAAAGAAGCCUUCCGGCACUCCUGAUAAUGGAAGUGUGCUUUCUGUGGGAUAUGAGCUGAAGGACAAGGACCUGGGGAAGGUUCACAAGGCUGCCUCUGUGGGUGACACUGCAAAGUUGAAGCAGCUGGCUAAAAAGAAUGACAUCAAUCAACUUGACAAGGAGAACAGGACAGCGCUUCAUAUCGCCUGUGCCAGCGGACAUGUUGAAGUGGUGCAGUUCCUCGUUGAAAGCAAAGCCAAGCUUAACCUAUGCGACAAUCAAAACAGAUCCGCCUUGAUGAAGGCAGUGCAAGGCCAGCAUGAGCGCUGUGUGUGCAUACUGCUGGAGAAUCAUGCCGAGCCUAAUCUGGUGGAUAUCAAUGGCAACACAGCCCUUCAUCUGGCAUCAAACAUACCAGCCAUAUCCACUGCUGUCCUGCUGCUGGAGCACGAGGCUGACAUCAAUUCACAGAAUAAGGAGGGGUUCGCACCAUUGACUGUAGCCGUCCGUGAGGACCACCUCGAGAUGGCUGAGUUUCUCCUCAAGGAGGGUGCAGAUGUGAAUUUGCUUUCCUUGGACCAAAGGUCCCCAUUGAUGAUAGCUGCUGGCAAUGGACAAAUCAAUAUGCUGCGGCUGCUGUUGCGGUUUGAUGCAGAUAUCACACUCAAAGAUACCAAAGGAUGGUCAGCUGAUGACUACGCAGGGAUGAAUGGCCACCAUCCUUGUUCCCUCCUGAUAAACGAGCACAGCACCCAAAGGAACGAUGGAGCCUCCCUGUCAUUUCAAGGUCCAAGCAAAAAGAAGAAAAAAACCUUAUUGGGCAGUCCCUCCCAAGAUAUCGAAGCCGGCUUUUCUUUGGGAGGACCAGCCACUGACAAAGACGAGCAUGGAGCAAAUGAAGCAGGGGGAGAAUUUGAAGACAACUCUCAGUCUGAGUCACUAAGUCGGGUUUCAAAAAGUGCUGCGGAUGAAUGGCCUUCAUCAGAUGAUGAUGAUGAAUCAGUUUUAAUUGAAAAGAAACCCCUGAAGGUAAACCUAAGGAAAUUGAUUGCAUCAGAAAGAGGACAAGCAUCUGCGCCGCCGAACAGAUCCCUGAGUGGCACAGAAUCAGAGCCAGAGAGUGAAAAUAGAGUCCAGAGAAUCCCAUACCUCCCACAGACUUUACCAUCAAACAAAGCUCCACAGCACCCAGUAGAUCCCUCUCCUGUUUCCUUCCUUUCCAAAGCGCCCCAGAUGACUUCUACCCCUCUUCCAAGCUAUAGAAAGAGGGAAGAGUACACUGAUGAUGAUGAUGAUGAUGAGGAUGAGCAAGAAAACGAAGAGGAGGAGGAGGAGGAGGAGGAGGAUGGUGAAACAUCAGAUGACAACAAUCAACCUGAAGGGAGUGCAGAGUCCCUUGAAGCCACAUUGCCUGUGCCUGAGACAGAAGGAUCCCAAAAUAAGAAAAGAGAUUUCCUGUCUGAGCUGGGCCUAGAGAAAGGGGAGGAAGAGCAGGAUUCCUGGGACUCUGAGUCCCACUCUGAAAGUGUUAAAAUGCCACGUGAGGAGAAACAAAGCUCACAUCCUCAGGAUCAAGAAGAAACAUCUGCUGUCAAGGAAGAAAGUAAAGACGACUUGUUUUAUAUACCCUCUUUUUUAAGAGGGAAAGGAAACAAUAGGGUGGCAGUGCUAGAACCUGGAUGGAGUGUAGGCAGGCCAAGAGGCAGCCAGGAAAAGGCUGCAAGCAGUAAUAGUGAGUACAGAGGGGAACAUGUGGAGAGGGAAGAAACUGUACAGAAGGAGACUGAGAAAACAAAAUGGGAACCUCUUAGUGUCCUGAGCAAAAUUCAAAGUGACAAAGAGCAAACAACAGACCUUAUGGAAGAGCUUGGUCUGGGUGACGUGGAUGAUCUUGAAGAUGCAUCAGAUUGGGACUCAGCCAGUACCACCAGUAAGAGAACCCUGCCUGGCCGUAGAAUCGCCUCCCCUGGACUUGAGGAGUUCCCAGAAUGCACUAAUCCUCCAGUUAAAGAGGAGGAUGAAGAUGUGGCUCCAGCAGCACCCCCGACCCCACAGAGAAGCAUCACCUCCAACAAGAGUCUGCCUGGCACACCCACUCAAUCAGUGCCUCAACCUCAACCUCAACCACGAGCAAGGAAGCUGGUGCUCCAGAAACCAGAGAGUGAAGACGAAUCAGAUUGGGAGCCUGACAAUGAGGCGCCUUCUUCCAAUACCAACAAAGUUGACAAUCAGCCGCAGAAUAUAGCUGAGCUUCCUGCCAUGGUUACACCAGGUUCCCCUGAGCGCUCACCGGUGGCCAGUGACAGAGAGAGUGAUAAAGAGACCGACGGGCAACAUCAAAAGGAGAGAGAUGAUUCAAUAGAUUCAUGUCAGUUAGAUCUAGACAACCCAUGUGCAUCUGGCCAUACGGGCCCUGACAACAGAGCAAAGUCCAUUGACUUAAGACAUCAAUGCAGUCCUGAAGAAAGAGGUGAAGCCAGUGGUGAUGUCCCGUGGGAGCGACGUUACGAGAAACUCUGGGUAGAAGUGGAGAAAAGGGAAGUGAAAUCAACUUUCAAGAAUGUAGCUCAUGAAUUAAAAGAGAAGUUUGGGGAGCUGCUUAGAUCAAGAUCCCCGGCAGAAGACGUCGCCGAAAACAAAGAAGGGGUGGCUGAAUCUUCUUCAAGUGAUGAAGAAGAAGGAGAAAUCAUUGUGCGCCCAACUGCCAGAGCACGGAGUACCAUCCUCCUCACUAUACCCGAGCAGAGGGAGUCUGGACUGGAGGACUCUGUGACAGAAUCAAGUGACAGGUCGGCAUGUGACGGCACGAUGCAGGACAGGUGUGAGCGUCCAGUCAGUGAGAGCAGCAUGUGUCAAGAGCAGGAUCUACUUGCUGAUGACGCUCAGGAGGAUGGCAGGUGUCCAUCACCACAGCUCGCCAUAGCACAGAGAGACAGCUCAGAUAAUCACAACAUAUCCACGUCUUAUGUCGACCGAGGCACACUCUUAAAAGAUGAGGUCAAACUGGGGCACAUCCACCGAUCACACCUGGACCUUAUCCAUAAAGACACCAGUGCUUAUGAUGAUGAAACUGAGAUGAAUGAGGAGGAUCCAGAGGAGUUCCCUGAGUCACGCACAUGCAGGCGUGCAACGUCGAUCCCAGGUGUCUCUGAUGAAGAACUGGAGGAGGACAUGGAGAGAUUUAAACUUGAGGUCGACAACGAGACGGCAAAGACUGCAAUGGAGGUGCAGAAAUCCAGCACUUCCUGGGAUACUGGUGGAGCUGCACUGGAGGAAUUGAGGACUGAGAAACCUGAGAGCAGGUUAGGAUCACUGUCGAGUCAGGUUGGAGCGAUUCCCCUGGAGCAGCAGCCUGAAACUAUCAGAAGCACCAACGAGGCACCAGUGCAAGUGCACCUCCCACUCCAGCAGAACAAACAGGAAGGGGAAGCUGUAGUGAAGACCUUGGAGCUGGUCAGGGGGGCCCGGCACAGCAGAGCCCCUCCGACCAAUGCCCAUGUUAAUGGAGAUCCUCUCUCAGUGUUUGAUGAUAGCACUUUAAGUGAAGUGUCCGACGAUGAAGAAAGGUUGCCGACUAGUGGAAAACUGAAAAACGAGAAUCCUGAAGAAGUGGAAAUGGCAGAAGACUUUGAUGAACUCACUCAGUCAUCGGACACAGCUACAGACGACAUCGACUCGCCCACGUCAGGAUAUCGUCACGCGUCACUCCUCAUUCAGAAGCUGGACUCAACCACUUUAGACUCGAGAAGCAUGGUGAAGCUGCAGAAUAUCUUCCACGAAUAUGAGCGCUCCAUCCAAAAGGCCAGGAGUCGACACGGGUACCUGACGGACAAAGUGAGCCAAAUGGAGAUGGAGAGGUCGGAGCUAAAGAGCUCUCUGGAUGAAGUUAAAGAUAUUAAAUCUGCUCUGGAGCGCAACCAGUUGGAACUGCAGACUGAAGUCACAAACGUCAAAUUUCAGUUAAAACAGGAGCAGGAAAAUCGUCGUAAUGCCAACAUGAUGUACACCACCACCAAAGAUAAGCUUAGGAGGACAGAAGAGCAGCAUCAGGUUGAGGUUCAAGAGAGACAGAAGGUGGAGCUCACCCUCAGGAAUCUGGAGCUGGAGAUGAGAACACUAGUUAACAACAUGAAACAGCUUGAAGACGACCACAGUGAGACCCAGAGGCUGCUGGCUCAGGAGCGCAGUGCUCGGACGCUGCAAGAGAAUCUGCUUAGCAGUCAUCUCCGUAAGCAGCAAGAGAUCGAGGAUGAGAACAAAAGGAACAUCAGCAAAAGCAAUGAGGCCCUGUCUCAGCUCACUGAGGCUAGUGACAGGGAAAAGGAGCUGCUGCAGCAAACGUCUACUUUACACGAGCAGCUGACCAUCCUGAGAGCAGACCUGGAGCGCUCACAGACCAGCAGCAGUCUCAAAGAGAGCCACCUUCAGGAGGAAAACGAGACCCUCAAGGAACAGCUAGAAGAUGCUCGGCGUGAUCUCAAACUGAACAGUGAAGCUCUGACCCAAACUGUCUUUAACGGCAAUAACCAGGUGACCACCCUGAAGUCUGAGCUAACUAUGACAGCCACCCGCCUGGAAAAUGAGCAGCAGACACGCAAAACAUUAGAGUCAGAGGUUGAGUCCGUUCGUACCCGCCUGGCUGGAGCCAUAAAGGAGACGGAGCUUUGCCUGGCAGCUCACACGGACACAGAGAGAGCUCUGCUCCGCGAGAAAGAAGAACAUCAGCGGCUCAAAGACAAACUGACGGGUGAAACAGCCAAUCAACGUGAAGCAGUGAGCGGCCUGUCCCAGAAGCUGGCCAAGGCAGAGGCUCGUGCCAACAGCAUGGAGAACGAGGUUCACCGAGCCACCCUGCAGCUGACGGAGAAAGGCCUGCUGCUGGACGUCCUACAGCGAGAGAAGGACCAGGCAGCUGCUCGCGCCAAAGAGCUGGAAUCGACCCUGCAGGCCGAGAGGGAGCUGGUGGGCCGUGCUGGAGUACGUCAAGAGGCGGCACAGGAACGGCUCGUCCAGGCCCAGAGUGAGGGUAUGCUACUGCGGCAACAACUCGAGGAAGCCCAAAAUAAAGGUGUUGCAAAGGAACGUGCCGUGACGGAUGCUCAAGAACGCUUCAGUGAUAUUCUGUCCAAGCUGCGCUCUGACUGUGAAGAGAGAGUACAACUGAUGGAGGAGAGAAACAAAGAGCUUGCCAGUAAGGCUGCUGAUCUUCGAGAUCAGAUCUACAAGUUGGAAGAAGAGAAGAGCGAAAGAGAGGCUAAUCUCAGGCAGCUACAGCAGGAGCUCGCCGACUCGCUCAAGAAGCUGUCAAUGAGUGAAGCCUCUCUGGAGGUCAACACACGUUACCGCAGUGACCUGGAGGAGGAGAAGGCUCGACUCUUCAAAGACCUGGACAGGCUGAAAGGAAAGCUGGAGGAAAGUGAAGACCAGUAUGUGCAGGCUGAGAGACGGAUCAACAGUCUGAAGAGCGGUCUGGAUGAAAGGGAAAAGGAACUCACCACUGCCGCUCAAAAGCUGCAGGAGGCGCUGUCUACCUCAGCAGCUACUGACUGUACCAUCAAACAGCUGGAGGAGGCUGUGCAGAGGCUGGAGAUUGAGAAUGCCAGACUGGAAGCUGCUGCAAAGCAACAAUCCAACAAGAUCGAUGCACUUCAAAAAGGGGUUCAUGAAGCUACCAUGCUGCCUGACGGCUCACCUGGAGGAGGGGUCAGAAGUCAUUUGGAAGGCUUGGUUACAAACCUCCAAAGCAGUAAGAUGACUUUGGAAGACCAACUAAAUAGAGAGGUCCAGAAGCAGAGCAUGUUGUCUCACACAGCCCAGGACUCUCAGGCCUUAUGGGAGGAGGAGCUGAAGAGCCGCUCUAAGUUAGGACUGCGUCUGGCCGAGCUGGAAAAGGAAAAAGGCGAACUAAGCACCCAGAUGGAAAUAGAGAAGAAGAAAGCCAAGAAAGUAGUGGAGCACAAGAAGGCUGUAGACACCCGGCUGGAUCAGGAGAUGAAGAGAAACACAGAGCUUCAAAAAGAAAUGUACAGGUUACGGACUUUAUUGAAGACUGCAAAGAAGAGAUUGCGUGAUCAGGACACAAGUAGAGCAGAAUUUGGCUCUCCAAUGAGCAGCCUGCGGAUGGACCAAGGCAGACAAGCUGAGGGUUCCUUUGGACGAAUGAAAGACAAGGUGGACGAUCUGCAAGUGCAGUUGGAGAAGGAAGCAUCCCGCCGCAGCCAGCUGGAGAGGUUGAACGGGGAGCUUAAGGAUCAGCUGGCUUCCAUGAAAAGUUCGAACCACAGUAACGACCAGCAGGAGAGGAGUAAGAGGCAGCUGGAAGAUGAGGUACUGGACCUGAGGCGCCGAAUGGAGGCAGCUCAGAUGGAGCAGAGCCAGGUGGAGCAAUACCGACGUGACGCAGAAGACAGGGCCCGUCAGGAAAUCCAGCAGAAACUGGAGCAGGUCAACCUUUUCCUGCAGUCUCAGGCGGCAUCACAAGAAGCAUUGGAUCAGAUCAAAUCAGCCAAUGAGGCUAACCUGCGCUCCCAACUGGAGCAGAAGAUCCGAGAGCUAGAGGUGGAGUUGGGCCGGUCCCGCACCACCCACCACGACAGCAUCAACCAAAGAGACUCCACGCGCACUGAGCUGGAUCGAUACCGGCAACUCUACGCAGAGGAGCUGCGCACACGCAAGUCUCUGUCUGCCAAACUAGACAGGGCCAACAGUCGUCUUUCAGAAGCCAAUUCCAAGUUGCUGAACGAGCGCAGCAGGUCUCUGAUCACCAGCAGCAUUGCGAACGGUAGCCUUGCAGGGCCCUCGCUGGACGUAGGCUCUUUAGGUUCACCUGCACACUACGGGGCCACACUUGGGCCUCUCAAUAGGAGCCUCGGCCUAGGACUGUCCUUCCUCAGCCCUGUUACUGAGGGACAGAACAGCAGUGUGGAGGACUACUUAGCCAAGAUGCAGAGCGAGUUGGACAGAAACAUAUCAAAAGAAUUAAACAAUGCCACUGCAGAGCUCUACGUCACUUCAACCCCAAUGUCCACAGCAGGGUUAGCCUCCAGGGCGGAGCUGGACCCUGUCAGCACAGCCACGCAGCAGUACUUGGAGGUACUAAAGAAGAACAAUAUGAUCUGAACCCAUAUCGAAGUUAUAUGCUGCGUUUUAGCCAUAAGAAUAAAAAAUAUAUUCACAAAUGGGAAUAGAUUUACACCACCGCCUAGUCAAAGAAAGAAACAGACUCUGUGCGUAUUUACUCUCUAUUCUUUUAUAUGAAAAGCAAACAUAAUGCACAUUGCACUUAACCACUCAGGAGUAAAGGGCAUCAGUCGUACGUAUAUGUUGCAUUAUUGAUGAGUACAAUUAUAGAGAACCUCAGAAGUAUUUGAGAUUACUAAUUUUGUUCAAUCCAUCACUUGUUCUUUGUCGUACUACAUUAUAUAUAGAGUUGUUGUUUGGAUUUUAAUUUGUAAAAAUUGGUGUUACUCCGUUGAAUUUGUAAGUAUUUGAUGUCUGCAUCAUUAACAAUGUUGCCAAGAUAUCACAUUUGGUACGUGCCAUCAAAUGGUGCAAUAUUUGUCUUGUUUUUUUCUUUACUAGUUUUGGAGUAUUGUGUUUAUAUUGAUUUAUUUAUUCCCUUUUUUAUUGAACGUGACAUACUUGAAUAAGACGAGCUGGAAUUCUCUCUGGCUAGAGAAACAGGGUGACUACAUUUCUAUAACUGUCCUUUCAGCUUUUGGUUGGCUUGUUUUUAAAGGGCCACCGUAAGUAAAAUAAAAACACUUAUUUUGUUAAGUUUUUUUUUUUUCAUAAUCCACAUAUUCUGUAUAGAAUGCAUAUAGAAAAACUUAUGACGCCUGUACAUUACAGAAGACUCUAAAGUUGUAAAUAAAACUGAAAAACCCUGAA